AUGUCGAGCGGCAACGAAGAAGCUCAAUUGGCACAAUGUCAAGCCUACGUCCAACGACAUAAUAUUCAACAACUUGUUAAGGAGGCUAUUGUCGCACUCUGUAUCCAUAAGCCAGAGAAUCCCGUACUAUUUUUGAAGGAGCACUUCGACAAACUUAACGAGCAGCGAACUGAGGAAGCUGGACGGAAGCAGGACCCUCAGGAUGAUGAUGAUAUAAUGAUUGAGCCACCAAAGCGAACUGGUGGACGUCGUACGGGUAUAUCAGCGGAGCCUAUCAAAGAGGAUGACACUGAGUACAAAAAGGUAGUAAUACCGAAAGAUGAGGCGACGCGCAAAUCGCUGGAGGCAGCUAUGAGCAAAAAUUUACUGUUCGCUCACCUCGAGGAGGAUGAAGCCAAGACAAUGUUCGAUGCAAUGUUCCCAGUUGAAAAGAAGGCGGGCGAAACAAUAAUUGAGCAAGGAGAAGAAGGAGACAACUUUUACGUCAUCGACAAAGGGGUGGUCGACGUAUUCGUAAAUAGCGAGUUUGUUCUUACAAUUAACGAAGGUGGAUCAUUUGGAGAGUUGGCGCUUAUUUAUGGAACACCUAGAGCUGCCACCGUUGUUGCAAAGACGGAUGUCAAACUGUGGGCUAUCGAUCGCUUAUCAUACCGUCGUAUUUUAAUGGGUUCGGUAAUGCGAAAACGUAAAAUGUAUGACGAAUUCCUAUCGAAGGUACAAAUCCUAGCUGAUCUCGACAAGUGGGAACGUGCGAAUGUCGCUGAUGCUUUGGAGCGAUGCGAUUUUGAGCCGGGAACACAUGUUGUCGAGCAGGGUCAACCCGGUGAUGAGUUCUUCAUAAUACUUGAAGGCGAAGCCGACGUCUUGCAGAAGCGGAGCGACGAUGCUCCCUUUGACAUUGUCGGUCACCUUACUUCUUCGGAUUAUUUUGGUGAGAUUGCCCUUCUUCUUGAUCGUCCUCGUGCUGCCACCGUGGUUGCAAAGACCCAUCUGAAAUGCAUCAAGCUAGAUCGUGCCCGUUUCGAGCGUGUUAUGGGACCCGUUCGUGAGAUUCUCAAGCGCGAUGUGUCAAACUAUAACUCUUACGUCAAACUGAUGACCUAA